GUUUUUGACACUUGAAUCUGACAUUAAAAGUUGCUCGUCAUUCGUAAGGCAUAGAAAAUCUGAACGAAACUCAAGUGAAAAUUAUUUCAAUUGGAUAACUAUUUGUACAGUUUUCAACGUAAAGAAAAAAAUGUUUGGUCGUCAGAGUGGUAUUGGUGGUGGUAACACCAGCAGCAGCUCCAAUUUGGUGGAGUUUCGGGCAGGUCGGAUGAAUAUGAUAGGCAAAAUGGUGCAUCCAGAUGCUCGCAAAGGCCUAGUGUAUUUAACACAGAGUGAAGAUGGUCUUAUGCACUUUUGCUGGAAAGAUCGCACCACUGGCAAGGUGGAGGACGAUUUAAUUGUUUUUCCUGACGAUUUUGAAUUCAAACGUGUUGAACAAUGCAAAACGGGACGAGUAUAUGUGUUGAAAUUUAAGUCGUCUUCACGUAGAAUGUUUUUCUGGAUGCAAGAACCAAAAAUCGAAAAAGAUGAUGAGUUAUGUCGCCGGGUAAAUGAAUUGAUGAACAACCCACCUUCACAACAACGUAACAAUAGUGAUAAUGGCGAUCUACAGUACAUGUUGAACAACAUGUCACAACAGCAAUUAAUGCAACUCUUCGGCGGAGUUGGUCAAAUGGGCGGAUUAACGUCCUUAUUGGGUUCAAUGAAUCGUUCUGAAAAUAGUUCUCGUACACCUGCACGCAGCGGCAGCAGUAAUACUGCAAGUAAUUUGCUAACACCAGAAUCAAACACGGCACCUAAAACACCAUCCGCACCCAAAGGAAAGGGUAGUAAUAGAAGUUCCGCAGGAGCCACUACCACCAAUGUCAAUACGAACUUAUCAUCUACCGCCAGCCGUACCCUGAGUGUUGAUUUAUCUACUGCUAUACAAGGUUCGGAGGCCAUUAAUCAAAUAAUAUCAGAUCCAGAACGUGCAAAAACUUUAUCAGUACACCUACCUGAAAGCGAAGAUGCCGAUGAAAAUAAAAAACAACAGAUUAAAGACACUAUUGCUUCACCGCAAUUCCAACAAGCGCUUUCUUUGUUCUCAAAUGCCCUUCAAUCGGCACAGCUCGGCCCUGUAGUCUCACAAUUUGAACUAACACCGGAAGCUGUUGCAGCUGCAUAUGCCGGAAAUUUGGAGGAUUUCGUUAAGGCUUUAGAAAAGUCACUACCAGCUGGCGCUACCAUGGAUACUACCAAUGCCAAAGAAUCCGAUAAAGACAAGGAGCCAUUAAAGAAGAAUGAAAGCGAAGAAAAUAAAACCGAUAAAAAAUAAUAGUUACACCUAAACAUGUGUCCGAUCAUAUAAUCAUUAAAAAUAUAAAUAUAUGAUUUUACAUUAAAAAUAUAUACGCAAUUAUUUA